AUGAUUGAGGUCACGAUUGGAUACGUUGCCAGCUUUAUAGCUGCAGCUGUUGUUAUAGCCCAGAUAUGGUGCCCAACAGUCAUGGCCCUAGUGAUUGCAGGACUACUCCGAGACACGGAGACAGUUGCUACAUGGAACAUUGCUAGUCGCGUGUUGCAAAGAACAUGGUGGCCUACUAUCCUAGCUUCCGACUCUGUCCUUACCCACGGCGCCCGUUUCAAGAUCACGCUAGUUUCUUGGGCGGUCCCUGGUGUUGCAGUACUUAUCGCAAUCGCCGGUAUUGUGACCCCACUGGGUCUUUACGAGCAGCUCGAAAUUCUAGACACGAGAGUCGGAUCGUUUGCCUACGUCAGAGACCUGAGCUCUUUCGGUUCAGCAACAUCCCAGCGGGGGGUGCACGACUUUUCUCGCAUCUGCUCCUGGGGCCAAAGCAAAUUCGAAGAUGGCGAUUUUAAUUUCAGUCCGGCCCCGUGUCCGUAUUCGGGUAACAGCGUCAUAGUCAGCGGUGGAAGCAGGACAUUGAAUUCCUCGAUGCCAGAUGAUUACAGUUUCAAUGGGAACAGCAUCAUCACUGCCAGUGGUAAUAUGACGUUGACCUUUACGAUGCCAUACGGUUACAGCUCCAAGAUUGCGCCGAUGGUGCGCGAGAUAUUCUCCAGCGGAACUACGAACCAGACAACAAUUUCCAACUUCUUCGACAUAGAGUGGCGACAACUGACGACACGGCAACAUAGAUUCGCCGACCACGGGACUGAAGUUCCCGUUGGGUUAUAUCGCCAACUAGAAAGCCAUAUCAUGGAUUCAACCAUUAGGGUAGUCGAAGGCCUUGUAGUGGACGGCAUUUCUGGCGGUAUCGGUCUGCGCAAUCACACCAUACCGAAGAACAUUGAGCGAGGCGCUAGCUGGUCCGAAGACCUCCUUUUUAUUGAACCAAUCGCCAGCUGCGUCAACACAAACCUUACCCUGGACUUCGAGGUCGAGACAAAUCGUAGUUUUACAUCUACUGGCAUAAGGAACCUCCGAUUGACCGACCGAGGCGGCUUUGUUCAUAUGAAUCAAACGAACCCCUCCUACGACUACGAAAACGCCCAAGCUAACCCCGACUUGCACGCCCGAGCUUAUCGCGCAGCAUACUUCAACAAUGCAUAUACAAUGAUGUAUUUCAACGUUACGGCAAGGACGAACAAGACAGCAGGCCAAAAGGUAUGGUCUUACGUAGAUUCGACGAUGGGCAAAGAAUUCCCGAUCGCUGACCAACACGGAACAAACUACCGCGCGCUUACUCUCAGCUCCAAAUUUGGAAACUAUCUCGACUUCACAUGGACGGGCCAGUAUGGCAGGGGGACGAACCCAUUCGGCGUUGCAACGAAUGACUUCCUAAAUGCAAAUCUCGCCUGUUCGGGGGCAAUCGGAGACACAUUAGCCAACACCUCAAACAUUUACGUUCGGUGUGGGCUGCUACGAGGAGUCCCGCAAAGAGUUGACGGCGACAUCGAUUCCACUCUGUUCGAAAACCACAGCAAAUGGUCCUCUUCAAUGCAUGUCUGCGCGUCUGCCUUGAGAGCGGUGGUGAAAACUGUUGGUUUCACCGUUGAUAGCACCAAUGAUGCUGACGGGCUUGCCGGUCUCCAGGUUACCUCCAUCGCCGUCAAGAAUUAUGGCAGCUCAGAUGAGUUUCCCAUCUGGGCCAUGGAAGACUCUGGUUUAUUAAUGGCUGGUAUCAGCCCCGUAUGGGGGCUUGUUUCGCCAGAGUAUGCGUCACGGCCUAAUGUUUCAACUGUAAAGCAGCAGACUUUCCACUUGCCUGGAUAUUCCCGUUCUGUUGUGCAAAGCCCACUUAAUAGGGGCUUUACGUUUUACAACUUGCCUGCUAGCGACUUCCCAUCGAACGCUAUGGACUUGCUUUUCGAAGGCGACACUGAAGAGGGUGCCUUAGGGAACAGCUGGCCGUUUGAUUUGAGGGGUGCGGCGAAUAUGCCCGUCUUCAAGAGAUGGCAGGCCUUGUCAAACGACUCGGAGCGAGUUGCAGAUAUCAUCAAGCUCGUCUGGACCGAUAUUGCCGCCUCUGCUGUGGUCGGUACGAAAGGAACACUGGGCCCAGGCAACAAUGCUGCAGCUAACAAGACCGUUACCAUCUUCAUCAAACCAACGGGGAAACGAAUCAAGUACCGCUGGGUUUUCGGCAUCCCAGCAUUCAUCCUACUCUUGGCUAUGUUAGUUGUAACUGUUGCUAUGUUACUGUACACAGCUUUGCAAGCGUCAAGCAUUGCAGUUCUCCGCCACCGCCUGCAGCAGCUCACCGUUGGGAGGAUUUUGACGACAGUCCUGUACCCGGAAGACAGCAACUUGUUCAUGUCGAGCAAAGAAUGGAGUCAUUCGAACGGGCACAAGGCUGUAAGUCUUGAUACUGUACCCCGAAAGGGCAUUGUGUGUGAGACUGCAUUGCGGCCCUUCCAGCAUCACCCUGAGACUCCGAUCGAGAAUGUUGCGGUCAGCUUGAUAGACGGGGGCAAAAGCCAUGGGAACUGA